AUGCUUAUUAGUGAUAUUGAUAAAUUAACUUAUCGAGAAUUACAACUUGAAUUAAAAUCUCGAAAUUUAAAAGCAGCAGGUAAAACUGAAAUACUUCGUGAACGUCUUCGACAAGCAUUAAUAAAUAAUAAUGAAGAUGAACUAAUGUCAGAUUAUUUUGAUGAAUGUUCAAUUUGUUUGGAUAAAUUAUCAUUUGAUAAAAGAACAACAAUAGUAACAACAUGUUUACAUCAAUAUCAUCGUAUUUGUCUUAAAAAAUGGAUUGAAUCAAAUAGUGAAUUUUCACUUUGUUGUCCUCUUUGUCGAUAUUCAUUAGCUAAUGAUCGACAUAUUAAAGAAGGCGGUGAUAAAAAAUUCAUUGUGUAA